AUGCCAAGAAAGACCCAGAACUUGCACUCGUUGAGUAGGGGCCGUGUCCGUGCCUCUAUGAACAAGUACAAUUUGUUCAACUUAUAUAAAAAGGCUCCAGUGAGAUAUGAUGGAAAGACUUUGUACCAACAGAAGUGGAACGCUAAAGCUGAAACCAGAGCUUAUCACGGUGAACAUUUGACUGAAAAGCGUUGGAAGGCCAUCUUUGAUCCUUCAUUAGAAACCGUAGCUCAAUUGGAUGCUUCAUUGAAGGGUUCUAAAGUAGCACCUACACCUAUGACUCUCCAGACCUAUGCCUCUUUAGAGAAGAGAUUGGAGUUGGCUGUCUUCAGAUCGAUGUUUGCUUCCUCUGUGAGACAAGCUCGUGAGUUCAUUCUUGGUGGAAGUGUUCUGGUCAACGGUGUUGUGAUAAAGCACCCUUCAUUCCCCUUGAAGAGUGGAGACAUUUUCCAUGUCAAGCCAGAGAAGGUCUUGUUAGCUAUGGGCAGAACCAAACCUUCGCUUGAAAAAGCCAUUAAGGUCGACAAUCAACAGAUCAGCGCCUGGAACCGCUAUGUGAAAGCAGCACAAGAAAAUCCCCGCGAAGUAUGGGAAGCCAAACAGAAGAAACCAGCAUCUUUAAAUACCAUCAGAAACAUCAACGGUUCCGAAUCGGCCGAGGAAUUCAACAAGAAAAUCGAACAAACUAUGAAAUCGCAACAGAAUGAUGCUACGCGUGAGUCUAUUUUAUUGAAGAUUAUCAGUUUGGGAAGAGGAAUCGAAAGCAACGGCGGAGUCGUUUCUGCAGAAACGUUUAAGGAAUUCAACUACGACAACGAAAGCAACAGCAACAAUGCCCAGAAGGCUCAUAACGUGUACAAAAAGUUGUCUGAUGCUAAACACAAAUUGAUUGGCGAACACAAUAUCGAAAAUGCAGCUGAGUUUGUCAAUAAGAAAGCAGAUGAUUCUGAAUCUGCCGCGGACAAACAGUUAGCUCGUUCCGUCAAGCAGAUUCUCCGUGAGCUCCAGAAGUCUACCUGGGAAGCCAUACGUGUUGGAGCCCAGCAGCAACAAUCUGGCAAGGUGCUCACUGCCUCAUUCACGUCUGAUUUCGUUAAGCUGUUGGUGCCACAUCCAGCCUUGAACAAGGAAUCUAUUCUUGAAGACGAGACUCUAGCCAACAUCAAGUUCCCAUGGCAAAAAUCGUUAUUUGGCCGUCAAGAUCCUUCCAAGCCAUACUUCACUCCAUGGACACCACGUCCUUUUAUCGGUGCCUUUGCCAUCUUGCCGUCGCACAUCGAGGUAUCAUUCAGCACAUGUCAUGCUGUUUACUUAAGAGACCCUAUCGCCAGACCAGGUCAUUCUGAGGUCAUUUCUCCUUUCCCCGACCACACCCACGAAAGAGCCUAUAUGUUCUACGCCAGAAAGGGAUUGUAG